AUGGUGACAGUUAACAUCUGUGUUGACAUUUUCGCCAGACCCUGCGCUGCUGCUGCUGCCGGCACCAGCGCCCCUGGACCUCAGCAGCAAGGUCUGGGCAGGCUGCACCGUGCAGCUGCCCGCGGCCACCUGGCCUGGCUGAGGCGCUGGAGCUGGUGGAUCGAGAUUUGGGGCAUCGACCGCCGCGACAGGGAGAAUCGGACACCUCUCCAUCUGGCGUGUGCAAACGGCCACACAGAGGUCGCCACGUUUCUAGUAAGGCACUGCUGCCAGUUGGAUGCUGCUGACAGUUUUGGGAGAACACCCCUGAUGAUGGCAGUGCAGUUCCAGCACCAAGCGUGUGCUGGUUUUCUGCUAAAGUGUGGUGCAGACCCAAACCUCAGAGACGUUGUCGGCAACACUGCCCUCCACCUGGCAGUCCUGUCUUGCAGUCCUGAAGUUGUGGAGCUGUUACUUGAUCAUAAUGCCAGUCUUGAUGCCAAGAAUAAGGAGGGCUUUACCCCACUCAGUCUUGCUGUCUCCGAAGGUCAGGUAGAGACAGCUGAGUUUCUCCUGAGAAUGGGAGCUGAUGUGCAUGCUCGAGACCAGCAACAAAGAACCCCACUCAUGAUGGCUGCUUCUGUUGGGAAGAUGAAAUUGAUCCAAGUUCUCCUGCAUUACGGUGCUGACAUUUCCCAUGAAGAUACUAAUGGGCUGACAGCUGAUGAAUAUGCUUGUAUUUAUGGGUAUCCCAGUUUUAGAGAGCAACUGUCAGAAAGUGCAGCUCCAAAGAAGGCAGAAGCAGCUCAUGCAGGAGUAGAAGACUUUUCCAAAGGAGGCUUAAAAAGAUCUGAGAAAAAGGGGAUUGGUAGUGGUUGGAGAGCUUCUGCAGAACAAUUGGAUUUCACUCCCAAGGAAAAAGCACCUGAACAACAUGGAAAACAAGAGAAGAAAGAGGCUGCUGUAGAGCUAAAACCUGCCAUUGCUGGAUGUAUGAAAAAGUACUUACUUAAUGGUAGCCCUGAUGAGCCCAACACAACUUGCAGUGAAAACCCUGGUGAGCACUCAGGAUCUACUUUCCAUGUGUCAUCACCAGCAAAAAAAAGAGGCCUAAAGGAAGCCACUGAAAACUCUGAGGUGCAGAAGGCAUUAGCCCAGCUCCAGAGUGAAAGCCAUUUAUUCCAUCAGCUGCUGGAAGAUGUGCAGGAGCAGCAGCUCAUGCAAGGAAGUGCAGUGACUGUUUCCCAGGAAUGGUUUAAUGACAUUUUCCACAAACUCCGAGCUGUUGCUGAGAAGCAAGUGUACACACUGGAAGAGAUGAACAAGGAAUUAAAGGCCAAUUGCACUGAUUUAAGAGAACAAGUCUUUAACUAUGAGGCUGACGAAGUAAAAAGAGAGGGCAAUGUCAGAGAGCUGCAGCAGGAGCUUGGUGAAGCUCUUAAAAAGCUCUCUGUGGCAGAAGCUUCACUGGAAGUUGCUACGAGGCGCUGCAGGAACCUGGAGGAAGCCAACCUGGGCUUGGAAAAGGAAUUGGAAGAGGCUAAAUCCAAGGGCAAUGUCAGAGAGCUGCAGCAGGAGCUUGGUGAAGCUCUUAAAAAGCUCUCUGUGGCAGAAGCUUCACUGGAAGUUGCUACGAGGCGCUGCAGGAACCUGGAGGAAGCCAACCUGGGCUUGGAAAAGGAAUUGGAAGAGGCUAAAUCCAAGGGCAAUGUCAGAGAGCUGCAGCAGGAGCUUGGUGAAGCUCUUAAAAAGCUCUCUGUGGCAGAAGCUUCAUUGGAAGUUGCUACGAGGCGCUGCAGGAACCUGGAGGAAGCCAACCUGGGCUUGGAAAAGGAAUUGGAAGAGGCUAAAUCCAAGGUACAUGAAGUUGUCCCAGAGUUCCAGAACCAACUCCAGCACCCCCAGAGAUGGGAUGAUGUGUGGAGGAGUCGCACUGUUCGAUAA